AUGGCACCUCCUAACAAGAAGAACAUCCAGGGAGACAUCUGGCCCCGUCUGCCGAAGAAACACGAGCUUUUUGUCUUCUUCCGCAUCACUGAUCCACAGCGGUUCAAGACACACCUGGCUGGCCUUGUACCCUUGCUCACGACUGCCCGUGAUGCUGAGAGGUUCAGAUCUGACAUCUACAAGAAAAAGGCUGCAGGUACCCUCAAAGGACUUGUUCAACUCUCCGCCAUCAAUGUUGCGUUCUCCGCCAAGGGUCUGGCAAAACUUGGGGCCGAGACAUUCACCGAUGAUAUAUUUAACAACGGCAUGUGGGAGGAUUUAACAUACCCCAUGGAGGGAGAUGACAAGACAAAGCACAACGGUCUUGAUGACCAGCAUGAUUGGUAUCACCAGUUUACCCCACGUAAUGGACACAUCGAUGGCGUCUUCAUUAUUACUGGUGAUAGUGAAACGACUUUGACUGAGACUUUCCUUAUGAUCAAGAAUACAUUUGGAAUUGAUCUUACAGGCGAGCCAGUAAAUGGUAUUCCUAAGCUCGACAAGCCAAGUAUUCAACUUAUCUUCCAGCAGCAGGGGCAUGUCCUGGAUGAUGACAGAGAACACUUCGGAUGGGUUGAUGGGAUCUCUCAGCCCGCUGUCAUUGGUCUGGACACCGAUAAAAAGAUCGAAGAAGCCCGAAAGGGCUUAAAGCCAAUCCAGGCUGGUACUAUUCUUGUCGGAAGUGAAGGGGAUGAAGGGAAUCACCCAGCCUGGGCCAAGGAGGGAAGCUUCAUGGUAUUCCGCACGUAUGAACAGAGAACACCCGAGUUUGUCGCCUGGUGUGGCCGCAACACCAAAAGAAUGGCCGAGGGUAUGACUCCACUAGCUGCGGCAGAGCUUCGCAAAUUCUCCUCCCGUGUGGUCGGGCGAUGGCCCGAUGGAGCUCCGCUUGAACUUUACCCAAACGAAGAUCCCGCACAAAUACGGGUCCCCGAUCCAAUCGCGAACAAGCAGAUUUUGUUCAAAGAAUGGAAAGAUAAGGGAUUAGACCCCGAGGUUGAGUAUAAGAAGAUGGAAGACAUAAACCACACGGAUGCCUUCACGUACGACCCCGAGGAUCAAACUAAAUGUCCUUACGCUGCCCAUAUCCGGAAGUGCGGGCCUCGAGAUGACUUCCCCAACUAUGAGAAGCACCUGAUGCUGCGACGGGGAAUUCCCUACGGGCCCUUGACACUGAACAAUGAGAAGGGCGGGGGUGUGUCACAACAUGACCGUGGCCUCCUGUUCGUUUCUUACCAAAGCAGCAUUACCAACGGAUUCCGAUUUGUCCAGAAAGUAUGGGCGAACGAAGAUGACAAACCCGUUGAUUUCACCUCCAAGAUGGGAAAUCAUGGGCCCCAGGGUAUCGACGCUAUCAUCGGCCAGAUGCCUCCCGAUUACCGCAAAGAGGAGGAUGUUACAAAAUACGAAGACCCAGCUCCCGUUGUAAACCUUCCCGAUGUUCAGAAGCCCGUACCGUCCUGCAACGAGCACUUCAUUCCCAUCGAGCGCUGGGUUAUCCCUCGGGGUGGUGAGUACUUCUUCGCUCCUUCCAUUUCCGGAAUGAAGGACACCCUUUGCAAGGAGUGA